AGCCCUGGGCCAGAACGACUCAAGAGGGAGGAUGGGUUUCUUCAGCUCUGUCCUCCUCUUGGUCCUACACCUGCUGCAAGGGUCCAGAACUUCCUUGGUUCAGCUGAACGCCAAUGGCUACGAGGGCGUCCUCAUUGCUAUAGACCCUGCUGUGCCAGAAGAUGAAACACUCAUCACAGAGAUAAAGGACAUGGUGACUGCUGCAUCUACAUACCUGUUUGAAGCCACAGAAAAAAGAUUCUUUUUCAAAAAUGUAUCAAUAUUAAUUCCAGAGAGCUGGAAGAACAUCACACAAUACAAGAGGCCCAAACAGGAAAGCUACAAACACGCUGAUGUCAUCGUUGCACCACCGACCGUCCCAGGUAGAGACGAGCCGUAUACCAAGCAGUUCACCGAGUGUGGAGAGAAAGCAGAAUACAUCCAUUUCACCCCCGACUUUGUACUCGGAAAAAAGCAAAAUGAAUUUGGACCAUCAGGCAGACUGUUUGUGCACGAGUGGGCCCAUCUCCGCUGGGGCGUGUUUGAUGAGUACAAUGAUGAUGAGCCUUUCUACAGCGCGAAGUCAAAGAAAAUUGAAGCGACAAGGUGCUCAACAGGUAUUACUGGUAUAAACAGAGUUCAUAAGUGUCAAGGAGGCAGCUGUGCAACCAAGCCAUGCAGAAUUGAUUCUACUACAAAACUAUAUGAAAAAGAUUGUCAAUUCUUCCCUGAUAAAUAUCAAACUGAAAAGACAUCCAUAAUGUUUAUGCAAGGCAUUGAUUCUGUUGCUGAGUUCUGUAAUGAAAAAAACCAUAACCGAGAAGCUCCAAGCCUACAGAAUAAAAAGUGCGGUUCCAGAAGCACCUGGGAGGUGAUCAGCAAUUCCGAGGAUUUUAAUAACACAGAAGUAAUGGUGGCACCACCCCCGGCACCCGUCUUCUCAUUGCUGAAGAUCAGUGAGAGAAUUGCAUGCUUAGUUCUCGAUAAGUCUGGAAGCAUGGCAAGUUAUAACCGCCUGAAUCGAAUGAAUCAAGCAGCAAAGUAUUUCCUCAAGCAGAUUGCUGAAAAUGGAUCCUGGGUGGGGAUGGUGCACUUUGACAGUACUGCCAGCGUCAGAAGUGAUCUAAUCCAAAUAACGGGCAGCAACGAAAGAGACAAGCUCUUGGGUAGCUUACCUACCACUGCUAGUGGAGGCACUUCUAUCUGCUCUGGGAUUCGAACAGCGUUUGAGGUGAUUAGAAAACUUUACUCACACACAGAUGGAUCUGAAAUAGUGCUGCUGACUGAUGGAGAAGAUAACACUGCAAGUGCUUGUGUCAAUGAAGUGAAACAAAGUGGGGCCAUCAUUCAUUUGAUUGCUCUGGGACCAAGUGCUGAUCAAGCAGUCAGAGAGAUGAGCACGGCAACAGGAGGAGAUCAUUUUUUUGCUACAGAUGAAGCCGAGACCAAUGGCCUCAUUGAUGCUUUUGGGGCUCUCACAUCAGGAAACACCGAUAUCUCUCAGCAGUCACUUCAGCUUGAAAGCAAAGGACUGAAACUUAACAGUAAUGACUGGUUGAAUGGCACUGUGAUAAUUGACAGCACCGUGGGAAAGGACACAUUCUUUCUUGUCACAUGGGCCCAACAACGUCCCGAUAUUUCUCUCUUGGAUCCCAGUGGAACACUGAUGGGAAGCUUCACAGUGGAUGCCGUUUCCAAAAUGGCCCAUCUCAGUAUUCCAGGAACUGCAAAGGUGGGUGUUUGGACUUACAGUCUUCAAGCAAAAGCAAACCCAGAAACAUUAACAAUUACAGUAAAUUCCCGGGCAGCAAAUUCUGCUGUGCCCCCAAUCACAGUGAGUGCUAAAAUGAAUAAAGACACAAGCAGCUUCCCCAGCCCAAUGAUUGUCUAUGCAGAAAUUCUACAAGGGUAUAUCCCCGUUCUCGGAGCCAAUGUGACUGCUUUCAUCGAAUCAAAUAACGGGAACAUAAACGUUUUGGAACUUUUGGAUAACGGCGCAGGUGCUGAUUCUAUCAAGAAUGAUGGCGUCUACUCAAGAUAUUUUACGGCUUAUUCAGAAAAUGGCAGAUAUAGCUUAAAAGUACGGGCUCUUGGAGGAGCAGGUGCUGCCACACGAAACUUAAGGCACCCAUUGAAUAGAGCUGCAUAUAUACCAGGCUGGGUCGUGAAUGGGACAAUUGAAGAGAAUCCACCAAGACCUGAAAUUGAUGAAAACACUCAGACAAAUUUGGAGAGUUUCACCAGAACAGCAAUAGGAGGUGCAUUUGUGGUUUCAAAUGUUCCAAGUGGCCCCUUGCCUGACCUCUACCCACCGAGUCAAAUCACAGACCUGGAGGCCACCUCAGAUGAGGAUGAGAUCAGGAUAACGUGGACGGCACCGGGAGACGAUUUUGAUGUUGGAACAGCUGAACAGUAUAUCAUAAGAAUAAGUGGAAGUCUCUUGGAUCUAAGGGAUAAUUUUGACGACGCUCUGCAAAUAAACACUUCUGAUCUGUUACCAAGCGAGGCCAACACCAAGGAAAGCUUUGCAUUCAAACCAGGAAAUCUCUCAGAAGAAAAUGCAACCCACAUAUUCAUUGCCAUUCAAAGUGUGGAUAAGAGCAACUUGACAUCGAAAGUAUCCAACAUUGCACAAGUAGCUCUGUUUACUCCCGAAGCAGAUUACACUCCUGACGACAGUCAUCCAGAUCCUGGUCCUGAUAACCCUAAAUCCGGAGUCAGCAUCUCUACCUUGGUGCUGAUAGUGGUUGGCUCUGUAGUAAUUGUGAGCCUGAUUUUAAGUGUCACCAUCUGCGUCUUAAACAAGAAUAGAAAUACGAGAAGACCUAGAACAGGGUUUUAAAAAACAUCAACAACAAAAGUAGAGGAUGU